CAUGCAACAACAUUUUUUCAUUUUCAGUCUUAUUUCUCCUUCUAUAUAUCUUAAACCAAAGCUGAAACCCUGAAAAAUAUAACUAUAGCAGUAUUGAGUAUAGUGACUAAUUCCAGUAUGAGCUGCCAAUCCAAUAUGGAUGAUACGACCCCAGAGAUUGAACUUCCAGGCUUCAGGUUCCAUCCAACCGAGGAAGAACUCCUUGAUUUCUACCUCAGAAACAUGAUUUAUGGCAAGAAGUUGCGUUAUGACAUAAUUGGAUUUCUCAACAUCUAUCACCAUGAUCCCUGGGACUUGCCUGGAUUGUCGAAGAUUGGAGAGAGGGAGUGGUACUUUUUUGUGCCUAGAGAUAGGAAGCAUGGCAAUGGAGGGAGGCCAAACAGGACUACAGAAAAUGGAUUCUGGAAAGCCACGGGUUCUGACCGGAAAAUCGUGAGCUUAUCAGAUCCAAAGCGCAUAAUUGGCCUGAAAAAGACUCUUGUUUUCUAUAAGGGGAGAGCCCCAAGGGGAAGCAAGACUGAUUGGGUCAUGAACGAGUAUCGUCUCCCAGAUGGUUGCUCCUUGCCUAAGGACAUAGUUUUGUGCAAGAUAUAUAGGAAGGCAACUUCCUUGAAGGUUUUGGAGCAAAGGGCAGCACUGGAGGAGGAGUUGAAGGCAAUGAACACAUCACCUUCAUCUCCACUAUCAUCCUUGGAGACCACCUCCUUCUGCAGCCCGAAAGAAGAUUCGAUGCCAUCACUUUCUGUGGUACCCCAAAUGGUCUUCAAGAAAGAAAUUGAAGAAGAAGAAGCAAUGGUAGAAGAGAAAAAAGAUGGAAUAGCAAAGGAGAACAAAGUUUCUUCAGAAUCUCUGCAAUUACCAUUAGGCAAGGAAAAAUUGCCAGAGCUUCAACUACCCAAAAUGCUCAGUGACUGGACCCAGGAUCAAUUUUGGGCUCAGUUAAACAGUCCUUGGUUUCAAAACCUGACACCGUAUGCCAAUAUCUUGAAUUUCUAGAGGCCUAAAUCACUAUGCUAAGCUUAAUUUAGACUCUGAUGUUGUAUAUAAGCUUCAAUUAUCUACUACUAUAUCUUAGUAUUUUAUCAAGGUGCCUCUCAGUGAAGUUUUAAGCUGACUAGCCUAAGAGGACUACCCAUGUUUUUACAGCUUCAAGCUUUGGAAGCAUUUGCUGGUUCUGUUAAUGAAAAAUUUUUGCAUAAAUGUUACAUUCAAUUUUCUUGAUAUAGCUUGGAGGUUUAUUUUAAUGGAAAUUAAAUGGAAAUUUGAUGCCAAUCAAAAUAAAAAUAGCUAGCGGCUAACUUGCUAUAACUUGGAUGGAUGUAGGUGGUGGAUGAACCUUGAAAAUUUGGGUUAUGGGCCAACCUUUGGUAAGAUUAUUUUUGGAUUCAGUACAAACAGCCCAAAGUGAUUGGAGAAGGGAAGGGAAAAUCAAGAAUGAUGGGCCCAAGAGGUUCAGUGGGAAAUGACUGGUAUUCGCUGCAUGACGUUCGUUGACUUGGUCAAUGGUCUACUCAAUCAAUAUAAGAUCAUAGCAGAGACUAAUUAUGCUUUAGAGAAAAUCAAUAUAUAUAACUUGUUUGACAUUUUUCGACUUGUCGGAGAUUUUUCAUGUCGAAUGAUAUCAGAUUAACAUGGUGAUUAAAAGGUCGUAUACUGUUAGCCAGUAUUAAUGAGGGAAUUUGAUCAAUUGCUUGCCAAAAAAGAUGAAAAUUUUUGUUUUGCCCAUUAUUACAGAGCUUUUUUGUAAUAACUUUGGGUUUU